CCUCACACAAGGCUUUGUUUGGCGCCGGUGUGUGGGGAACAAAUGAAAAAAUAACACAACUCUGACAAAUAGAAAUCUCCUUCUUGCUUGGCUUCUUAUCUUUCAGUUUUGCCGUGGAAACGAGAAGAGGAAUGGGAGGCUCACGGCUGCUGCUCACAGGAAUAAUGGUCAUCGCAGCUUGCUCUCAAUAUCUCUGUGCAUCAAGCAGUUGCAGUGAAGAGAUGGCUGGUUUGCGCGAAAAGGAGACACUUCUGAAGGGCCAGCUUCAGAGACAAGAGGUCCUCCUACACAAACUGCAACUACAGAGCCAACCGAGCAAAGAAGUCACAGCUGGACCUGACCAGAGCCAGAACAACGAGUCCACAGACUGCUCUGAGAUCUUCAGUUCUGGCUCAAAAUCAAGUGAUUUCUACACAAUCAAACCCCUUGGCAGCCCUCACCCAGUCAGAGUGUACUGUGAUAUGAGUGAUGGAGGUGGGUGGAUCGUCCUUCAGAGACGGAUCGAUGGGACGGAGAGGUUUAACAGGUCGUGGGUAGAGUAUAAAGAUGGUUUUGGAGACAUGGCAGCUGAGUUUUGGCUCGGAAAUGACAACCUGCAUUACAUCACCACACAAGGGAACUUUUCUCUGAGGAUUAAUCUGGAAGACUUUGGUGGUUACCAGGGCUAUGCGGAGUACAAGAACAUCAAAGUGGCAAAUGAAAAGGAUCAUUACCGACUGACCUUUGGAACCUAUGUAGGUACAGUUGGAGAUGCUCUGUCUGGAAGAUAUCAGGUUGGUGUGACAGAGUGGGCCAGUCAUCAGGGCGUCCAAUUCAGCACCUACGAUCAGGACAAUGACAACUACAAAGGAAACUGCGCGCAGGAAGACAAAGGAGGCUGGUGGUUCAACAAGUGUCACUCAGCCCAUCUUAAUGGCAUGUACUAUCCCAAUGGGUUUUACAAUGGGUUGACGGAUGAUGGUGUGGUUUGGUACCCUUGGAGAGGAUGGUGGUACUCCCUGAAGACAAGCGUCAUGAAGCUGCGACCUACCAACCACAAAAUUGAUCCCAUCAAUGACUCCAACGCUGUUCCUCACAGACCAUCUUCCUAGAGCGGUCAAACCAGUCUUAGAUUCACUAUUUUGAUCUGAAACCGUUGGGCAAAAGCAUCCCCAUAAUAUUUUACCAUAGAUCUAGAUGCAGUGUGAUAAUCGAUGUCCAACUUACUGCGCGGACUGCUUUUACGUGUGAUACAUUUACCUACUAAAUGAUGUACGUCUAGGUUUACAAUGUACUACAUUUAAUAGGCUUGUAAACAUAAAAAUAAGUUGUAAGUUGUUUUAUAAACCUAAUCAGAAGUCAGCCAGCUAUUAUACUUUACCUGCAUUUUGGUCAUUGCCAAAAUAAGUCUUUAAAUCGGUUCAUCUUAAUGACAUUUUAGGAUCCACUUAAAAAAAUCAGUGACAGCUUUGUGAAAAUGUGUAAUUCAUAAUUUUCAGCAUCACACACUACAUGCAGAAAAACAUACACUCAUGUCUGAUGGUCACAGAGAUUCACAACCCAGUAUCUUUACAUCUUUUAAAUCAUGUUUCAAAUUCUAAAAAUACACUAAAAUAGAAUUCUAAUUUCUCAUAAUUCCUUCCUGGGGCAUUAGAUUGAGUAAAGGUGUAGUAAAGUAGUAGAAACUAAGUAGAGUAAAUGUAAGCAAGAUUAACCAACCAUUAAAUCACCCACCUUUCUGAGGCUGAAUGAAAUGGUACACUUUUAAAAUAUAAUGGAAAAAAAAGUCUUUAGCAGCUUGUCCAACAAUGUACUUGCAAAAUGACUUGUGAAACCUUUUGCCUUGUUUAGAUACAUGAGUUUGAGGAAGUUACUUACUACACGUAGCACGUAGCUUAGUGUUAUGGUUGAGAAAAGAGAAAUCUGAUGUUAGCAUGUGUGUGCCAGACACAACAGGAAUGACUAGACUAAGGAAGCUCUUGUAUCAAAACAAUGUCUGUAACAUGAAUGCAAUAAAAAAGGUGCAUGAU